CAUGCCCCAGACGGUGGCUCUGCAGGGCCCUUCGCCUUGGGGCUUCCGGCUGGUGGGGGGCAAGGAUUUCAGCACCCCGCUGACGAUCUCGAGGAUAAAUCCUGGAAGUAAAGCUGCUCUUGCCAACCUUUGCCCAGGUGAUGUUAUUCUGUCAAUCAAUGGUGACAGCACAGAAAGCAUGACACAUCUAGAAGCACAAAACAAGAUCAAAGCUUGUCUGGACCAACUGACACUGUCUGUGAACAGGGCUGAAAACAAAGUUUGGUCUCCUAAUAUUUUAGAAGAUGGAAAAGCACAAGCUUACAGAGUCAAUGUUGAACCAGAACCACAGGAUAAUGGACCUAUCCCAAACCGAAGACCAGCGACUUUUUCACCUGGAGGAAGCCCAACAGACAACAAGCAGAUAUCAAACUUGCAGUACAAUAAUCCUACUCGACUGUAUACAAACAACAACACAGAUUCCAGUUUGCCAUCACAGAUGAGCGGUCUCUACAUCACAGCUUCCCAAAGUGGUGACCCUCUGAGGUCCUUACCAAGAAACAGAAAUGGAAUCGACAUGGACUCCGAUGUGUACAAAAUGCUUCAGGAUUAUGAAAAGCCAGUUUCAGAACCAAAGCAGUCAGGAUCCUUCCGCUAUCUGCAGGGCAUGUUGGAAGCUGGAGAGAACGGUGAAAAACAUGAAAGACUGACCAGUCCAAGACAUGUUAAAUCUCCAGUAUCUAAACUGGGUGGAGCCAUGUCUGGUUUACAGAUGCUGCCUGAGUGCACCAGAUGUGGCAAUGGAAUUGUAGGCACAAUAGUAAAAGCCCGGGACAAGCUCUACCACCCAGAAUGUUUCAUGUGCGAUGACUGCGGCCUCAACCUAAAGCAGAGGGGCUACUUCUUCAUCGAAGAACAGCUAUACUGUGAAACGCACGCCAAGGAAAGGGUUAAGCCACCAGAAGGAUAUGACGUGGUAGCUGUUUAUCCCAACGCCAAAGUUGAACUGGUCUAAAUAAAUACUCUUGGAGAGGUCAGAAGGUGGAUCACCCACCCACAGGCACAGUGUCUGUUUUAAAGUAUGGCUGUAAUCAACUCCAAUUACUGGAGUCUUUGUAAAAUGCCUUUUUCAGAGAUAAAAUGGUUUACACUUGGGAUCUCAAAGGAUAGUGCUGAAAGCCUCUGAAAAGGGUCCGUUUUCUUUUUCUUUUUUCCUUUUGACACUUUGCUUUUGGAUUGCUGUGUUUAUUUUUAUUUUUUUACUGCAAAUACUUUCCGUGGUAGCCCAAUCCAAAAUCUAUGUAAAUAUGGAUGCUUUUAAAAUCUUGGUCUCAUAUAAAAACCAAUAUUCCUUUAUUCU